ACCAUAGACUUACCGAGUGCUGCUAGUGCUGAGGCGGCGUUUACGUUUCAGCACACCUUUGCUAGUUCAGCUUCAGCGAACAACACAACAUGAAAAUGCCACCGUAAACAACAUGUUCCCUGAGAUCAAAUCUUCAAGGUAUUGGAAUGGCAGUAGCACGAAUGCCAAGAGUAGGGUUUAUCUCUAAACACUGUUCGUACUCUAACCUUUUCAAGGGUUUUAUCUUGUUGGCUAUUACGGUAGCGGGUAUGGUGGUGCUAUACAAUGGCGGCUACGGUUCGUCAUCUGGGGCUUAUGAAUUGGAUAUUCAUUCGUCAUUCAACGGAGGUGAACAAUCCCACAAAACUACCAAGAAGCAGCACAACAUAUCCGAAGAACGGACGCAGAAAAGGAUCAACCAUGCCGUACAUAAGCUCACGCAGACGGGGACAGGUUCACGGGUCCGGAAUUUGUUAGAUGAAUCGGACGAAGACUGGUGGAUGAACAAAAGUGACACUGCUCAACAUCAUCAGCAGAGUAUGAGUGUAUACAAGAUGGCCCCAGCUGAAGCCCAAAUUAGAUCGUCAUCAUAUCAAGAACCAGAAGAAGAGCAGAGUGAAUCAGCCACACGUGUUUUUAAGUCACUUCUAACAUUUCCUUCCUCCAUACUUCAAACACCCCGUCUUUAUUUACCUGCGAUGCAACAUUAUCAAGAACCACAAACACAAACAGUGAGACCAACAGUUCAAAUGAACAGCACUCGCUCCCUUGUGGUCGACCAUUUUGCCACAACAUCUUGUAAUAAAUCCUGCCGUUGGUGGCGUGAGCAAACCAACCGACAACGUCGUGUUCAGGAGACUUGCUCCGACCUGAGAAACGUACAGUCAAGUCCUUCUGUAAACUUCAACCUGAACCCAGUAUCUCUUCACUCUCUCUCCCACCUCUUAGUCCUUGAUAAACAAAAGCUAAUCUACUGCUACAUCCCAAAGGUUGGGUGCACCAACUGGAAGCGGAUAUUCCUCGUUGCCAAAGGGCUUUACCCCUCUGCCAAAGAGAUCGAACAAAGAACGGCCCAUACGCAAACGGAUAAGCACAUGCGUCUCUUAAGCUCAUAUCCCAUCACCGAAGCAAAACGCAUGCUGAAGGAAUACCAAACAUUCAUGUUCGCACGGCAUCCUUUUGAGCGAAUCGUCUCGGCUUACAUUGAUAAGUUUGAAAUGGACUACCCGAGCAGUACGAAGUUCAGGAGAGAGAUAGGUCCCAAAAUCAUGAGAUAUGGUGACGCGGCGGAUAGGAGGAACCCACGAAAGAUGAAAGACGGGACUUUGUUUGUGACUUUUCAGCAGUUUGUCCGGUUCGUCAGUGACCCUAGGAAUCGAGUUCUUGAACCGCACUGGGCGGAGAUGUACAGCGAGUGUCACCCUUGCAUGAUACAGUAUGACAUAAUAGGAAACUAUAGUACACUGAUCGAAGACGCAAAUGUAAUCAUCGAAUUGGCACGAUUGAACCAAGAGUACCCUGCCUCCACCAACCCCACCGGGAGCUCCGAGAGGAUGCUCCGUUAUUUCUCUCAGUUGACUUCUGCCGAAAUCCAGCAGCUUCGUAAACGAUACGCCAUCGAUUUUAGUUUAUUUGGAUACAGUGUACCCAACGGAAUAAAUGUCUGAGGUUUGAUGUACUACAUGCAAGAUAUGUGUUCAAGUGCCAUUUAAGUUAGCCACAAGGUCGGAACAGACAAAUGGGGAACAACAAAAUGGGAAACAGACAAAACAAGAAACAAAACAAAAUCAUUUAAUUUGAGUUAUGUCUGGUACCUUGACGCAGCUUCAUGUACCGUACAUUGUCAAAUCACAUCCAAUGUUGAAACUUAAUAAUUUUGUCAAACUAUGACAGAAGUGAUUUUGUUGUGAAGGCACUGCCAAGCUUGCAACAUCCAAUGUCUCUCAAACGGACAUCGGCUCAGCGUCUAUGAGUAUGCAUUUGCCUAUACAUGUACAUGUUUAAGGAAGGUUAACCGUUAGAAUGAUAGCACCUUAACAAUCGCAAUAUAUAAGUUCAACCGUUACCUUUAUGAAAGACUUAGGUCUAAACAGUAUUUGUUUAAAGCAAGUUUAAAAAACUAGCACCAUUCCUUUGUAAUAGUUAGUGAAAUCAUUAGCUUGUUGUUUCUGUCACUUUCAAAUUUGACGUUGUUUUCACGCCACAGUCUCUUUGAAAUAGUACAUUAAUUGGGAUGAGAUUUAUUAAUUUAUUUUGAAAUAAAAAUGAAUAAAACAGAAGAGACUGUUUGUUUGUCACUGUCAAACAUGACGUUGUUUCACGUCACUUUCAAAUAAUUUAUUUAAUUUGAGAUUGGGCUUUUCCAGUAUUUUGAAAAUAAAAGUUAUAAAAA